AUGAUGGUGGAUCAAGAUGCGAGUGAUUCUUUCGGUUCACAUGAAGUUGAAAUAGCAAGUAGUGGACUUGGAUCAUCGACAAAUAGUAAACGACCAACAUUCAAUCAUUCUUCGACUUCUUACGCUACUUCUAAUCACCAACAGUCCAAAACAUUAGAUAUCGAUAUGAAUAUGAAUAUGGAUAUGGUUGAAGAAAAAUCUUAUAAUUCCUAUCCACCUGUUGGAGAACCAUCCUCAUAUUCAUCCUCGGGAGAAUCACAGUUACCAACCCAUCAGCAUUAUGUUUAUACGACGUCUCGAGGAACGGCACAUGGACAGGGUCGUCAUCGAUCAGUGAGCCUGUCGUUAAAUGAGAUGUGGGAUAAAUCAAGAUCUGUAUGUUCCCUCAGAGGUGAGGGAGGAUUAGGUAAAUCGAUGAUAUUGGGUUGGGUGGUUACUACGUUGUUGGUUUUGGGGGUAUUGGGUUGGUAUAGGGAGGACUUGUUUGCUUUUCUAGACUCCCUAUCGCAAUAUCUAUCAUCACAAGGAUACUACGGUCACCUAACCUUCUUCCUCCUCAUCCUUAUCACUACCAUCCCCCCUAUCCCACUAUACUCCACUCUGAUCGUUCUGUCAGGAUACACCUUUGGCGUAUGGACGGGUUUCGUCAUUAGUUAUUCAGCGAGUUUGGUUGGGGCAGUAUUGGUAUUUGGAAUUAGUAGGUGGAAAUUAAGGGAUGUCAUUGGACGAUGCCUAUCAUGCUCACCGACCUCCUCAACCCUCCUAUCCCUACUCUCUUCCCACCCUCAUCUUUUACUACUGAUCCGUAUCGCUCCAUACCCUUACAACCUCCUCAACGUGAUCCUCGCUUCAUCACCUUCCUUAUCCCUCAAGACAUAUACGGCAUGUACCGCUCUGAGCUUGUGUAAACUGGUAUUGCACACAUGGAUCGGAGCGGGUAUACAUAAUUUAUCGGAGGUUUACGGCCACGGUCACGGACAUGGACAUGGUCAUGGUCAUGCACAAAGUCAGGAAGAACUCGACGAAGAGGGACAGUGGCCUCCACACAACCAUCAUCAUGUACAUCAUCAUCAUCCCGGAGAAUCUCCCGAUAUAGAGAUGGAGAUGGAUACAAGUAGAGAAGAUGUUAAGAUGUAUUCAACGUGGAUUGGGAUAUUCUUAUGUGUAAUUUUGUUCUUCUAUCUGACGUAUUUGACUAAGAAGACUAUAAGAAAAGCUCAGAGGGAGCAGGAAGAGCAGGAGAGGGAGAUGAGAGAAUCGGGAUUGAGAGAGGGAUUGUUGAGUGAGGAGGUCUAA